AUGAGUCCUCAGACCCCUAAGCCAUCCAUUCCCUCUGAUAUUCCUUUGAGCUGGAAAUUGCUGUUUACAGAACUUGCAGCACAGUAUGUGCUAUUUCACUUCUGGCAAGCAUUGAUUUGCAUGCAUACUGAGGGGCCCAACCUCCUCCAGCCAGAGCCAGGAUUCCAGUGGGACUGGAAUGCAAAACUCCCGGGAACAUUUGUUAGCAAAUUGAAUAUUCAAUGGGAUGUGACAUUGUAUGCAGAGCAGUCUACAGCAUCUCAAGCAAAAUAUGGCAAAUGCCCCAAGAAGCCCUCAAAGAGCUGGCUUCAAUCUUCAGAAUAUUACAAAAAUCCCGGGGACUGUCAGCUAUUCCCUUGCGGGUUGACAGGCUUAUCCCCGGUGUGGUUGCAACCUGGUCAUGAAGUUUGUGUUAUUGAGUUAUAA